AUGGUUACUAUCUUGUCUGAAUCAAAUUUAAAUAAUAAUAAUAAUAAUCAUAAUCAUAUGAUAUCACCAACUAAAUCGAAUAAUAAUAAUAAUAAUAAUAAUAAUAAUAAUAAUAAUAAUAAUAAUAAUAAUAAUAAUAAUAAGAACAAUUUAUUAUGUACAAAAUGUCAAUUCAAAUUACAAAAAAAGAUGAAUCAAUUAUCAGAUUUUAAUCCUGCACAUACAGAUGAUGCUAGAGUAUUUAAAGCAUAUGAACAAAAGGUUGAAAGCGAAUUUAAUCUUUGUGUCACAUGUCAAGAUUUGGUUAAUCAACAAAUUGGUGCAGUUGAUAGAUAUAUCAUUUCAACUCAUCUAAGUAAAUCACAUAGUCAACAACAAAGUUUUAAACAACAACAACAACAAAAACAUAGGAACAUCUUUAAAAAUAGUAUCUAUUUUAUAUUCAAAUUUUUACCAAAAUUACAAUUUGUUGUUAAAUUUGGAAAUAUUUUAAUUUAUUUAAUAUUAUUAACUUUUAUAAUUGAAUCUUUAUUUAAAUUUGACGAAUAUAAAAGUACAUCAAUCAUUUAUUAUUUAAUUGAUAAUCAAAUAUUAAAUUUUGAAUAUUCAAUGAUUGAAAUUAAUUGUUUAAUAUUAAUGGUUUUGGUAAAGAUGGUUUCAAUAUUUUAUAGAUAUAGAUAUCAAAUAUCAAAAUAUCAAUAUAUUUUAAAGAAACCAAAAGCAUCAAUAUCAACACAAUCCUUGGUAUUUGGUUUAUUAAUAGUAUUGAAAAUAUUAUUAAUCAUUUAUCCAAAUAUUCAAAUUGAUAUUAAUAUUUUGGUCAAUGAUAUCAAAAUUGAACAACAAUCGACUGUUGGAAUCCAAUUGACAGAUCGAAUUUAUUUUAUAAUGAUUGCAAUUUGGAAUCAAUUUGCCAAAAGUUUGGUAUUCUCUUUAAUUUUUUAUAUCAUUUUAUUGGUUAUUCAUAAAUUGGAUCAAAACAAAAAAUUAAUUCCUCCAGCAACUACUGUUACUACUUCAACUAGAUUAAUUAAUCAAACAAAUCAAACAAAUAUUAAUAAUCAGACAACCAAUAAUAAUAUUAAUAAUAAUAAUAAUGAAAAUAUUAAUAUUAAUUUUUCAAAACCAACAAUUACAAUGUGUAAAUUUGAACACUUGGAAGAACUUAGUCAAAAAAGAUUACCAAAGAAAAUAUCUAGUUUGGAUUUGAACGAUUAA